CGCGGAGAGCAUCCUGGGGACCGGAAGGAGGUGAACUCCUGCAGCCAACCCCGGCGCCUCCAUAUUCGGUUGGUACCGGAGCGCGCGGCUGUUUAAAGCGGCGUGUUGUUGGAGCGUGAGUUUCGAGCGCGGAGGUCGGCGGUGGCCUAAAACCUGGCGUCUCUGUUGAGCCUGGGACUGCGUGUGAGUCAUGGUGGGAAGGUCCCGGGGGCGCGGAGCGGCCAAGUGGGCAGCUGUGCGAGCCAAGGCAGGUCGCAGGUCCGAGGACGAAAAUGAGGACGAUUUAGGAUUGCCACCGUCACCAGGGGACUCCAGCUACUACCAAGAUCAGGUAGAUGAUUUCCAUGAGGCACGAUCCCGGGCCGCCUUGGCUAAGGGCUGGAGCGAAGUAGAGAGUGGAGACGAGGAGGAGGGCGAGGAGGAGGAGGAGGUGCUAGCCUUAGAUAUUGACGAUGAGGACGACGAAGAUGGAGGGAGUGCGGGCGAUGAGGAUGGUGAUGAUGGUGGGAGCUCUGUGCAGAGUGAGACUGAGCCCUCUGUGGAUCCCAGUUUGUCGUGGGGUCAGAGGAAAAAACUUUACUAUGACACGGACUAUGGUUCCAAGUCCCGAGGCCGGCAGAGUCAACAAGAAGUCGAGGAGGAGGAAAGGGAGGAGGAGGAGGAAGCACAGGUCAUUCAGCGGCGCCUAGCCCAAGCCCUGCAAGAGGAUGAUUUUGGGGUCGCCUGGGUAGAGGCCUUUGCAAAACCGGUGCCUCAGGUAGCCGAGGCAGAGACACUGGUCGUGAAGGAUUUGGCUAAAGUUUCUGUGAAAGAGAAGCUGAAGAUGUUGCGAAAGGAGUCACCAGAGCUCUUGGAGCUUAUAGAAGAUCUGAAAAUCAAGUUGACAGAGGUGAAGGAUGAGCUGGAGCCAUUGUUACAUUUGGUGGAGAAAGGGAUCAUUCCACCCGGAAAAGGAAGCCAGUACUUGAGGACCAAGUACAACCUCUACUUGAACUAUUGCUCCAACAUCACCUUUUAUUUGAUCCUGAAAGCUAGGAGAGUCCCUGCACAUGAACAUCCUGUCAUAGAAAGACUUGUUACCUACCGAAAUUUGAUCAACAAGCUAUCGGUUGUGGAUGAGAAGCUGUCCUCUGAAAUUCGUCAUCUACUCACAUUUAAGAAUGAUGCUGUAAAGAAAGAACUGAAUCCAAAAGCAAAAUCCACCAAGGCCAAGCCAAAGUCCCUUUCAGAGACUUCUGCUGCUGCUUCUGUUGUUACAAAUCUUUCUGAUGAUUCCAAUUUUGAUGAAGAAGCUGCUCUGAAAUACUAUAAAGAAACCGAAGACAGGCAAAAGUUGAAGAGAAAGAAAGAACAAAAUAGCACUGAAGAACAGGCUCUUGAAGAUCAAAAUGCAAAGAGAGCCAUUACCUAUCAGAUUGCUAAAAAUAGGGGACUUACUCCUAGGAGAAAGAAGAUUGAUCGCAAUCCCAGGGUGAAACACAGAGAGAAGUUCAGAAGAGCCAAAAUUCGCAGAAGAGGCCAGGUUCGUGAAGUUCGUAGAGAAGAGCAACGUUAUAGUGGUGAAUUAUCUGGCAUUCGUGCGGGAGUUAAAAAGAGCAUUAAGCUUAAAUAGUUUGUGCUUAGCUUAAGUUUUUUGGCAAUAAUUUUAGAUCAAUAAAUUUUCAUUUUUAACCAAAGUGAUUGUAUUAAUAUAUAAUACCUAACCUUAAAUUCUAAAAAUUGUCAACAGGAAAA